AUAAAAUGGAAGACCUAUUGGCAGAAUCGUUACAUGUAUACUAUACAGGAGUAGAAAGGUUACUCACACAAGGUGAUAAUGUAAAGCAAUUAGAGGAAACAGGGUGGGAUUCUCUAAUGCUUGCUUGUUAUAAUGGCGAUGCUAAAUCUGCCAAGCUGUUGAUACAAAAUGGCGCAGACUUAACAAUUGUAAAUAAAGACGAGCUCGAUGUUGUUAUGCUUGCAUCACAGAAAGGACAUUAUGCUGUUUUAGAGUUACUUUUAGAGAACGGUGCAAAUUAUACUCGUGUUACUACAUGUGGAUGGAACGCAUUAAUGAUUGCAGUUUUAAAUGGUUGUUGUAACAUUGUAGAGCUUCUGAUGACAAAAGGCGUAAGCUUACAUCAAACAGACACAAAUGGAAUGGAUGCAUUGAUGAUUGCGUCUGAAAGUGGGCACGAUAAAAUAGUAGAACUACUCUUGGAUGGUGGUGCGGAUGUUAAAAGAUUGCAAUCAGACAAUUGGAAUGCGUUAAUGAUUGCUUGUUGGAAAGGACAUGAAACAAUUGUAGAAUUACUUUUAAAAAAAGGUGCUGAUUUAAAUCAAUUUGAAACACAUGGAUUGGAUUCAUUAAUGAUUGCUUGUGAAUUCGGGCAUGAAAAAAUUGUAUAUUUACUGAUACAACAUGGAGCUGGUGUAAACAGGUUAAACAACAACAAAUGGUCAUCUUUAAUGUUUGCAUGCAAUAAGGGUCACUACAGUGUUGUCAAGUUACUAACUCUAUGUAACCUUGAUUUGUAUAGAAUGACAGGGGAUCACCCACACGGAUUGCUAAUAACAGAUGUGAAUGGAUUAAGACAUGUUGACAAGACAGUCCAACAUCAUAGUAGUUGUGUAGGUUACAAAGCUUUGAUGAUCGCCUGUGAAAAGGGAUAUGUCGAUAUUGCAGAGUUACUGCUGCAAUUUGAUAUAGAUGUAAACUGUAUUACAAACAAUGGUUGGAGUCCUUUAUUUGCGGCAUGUGUGUACGGAAAGGACAAGAUUCUCGAGCUAUUAUUGGCAUAUGGAGUUAGUUUGGAACAAUUUAAAAAAAAAGAAAAUAAUUCAUUAUUGACUGCUUGUAGUAAACGUCAUUAUAAAAUCAUUACAUUAUUAACCAAACAUGGUGUAGAUUUAGCCUGCACUGACAACGAAGGCAAAAAUGCUUUAUUGUAUGCGGCUAAAGAUGGAUACAUUAAAAUUGUAGACUACCUUAUAAAAGAUGGAGUUGAUGUAAAUCACAGCAACGACCUUGGAUAUUGCCCAUUAUUAUUAGCAAUAGAAAAAGGAUUGACCGAAAUAGUUGAGCUAUUAAUAGAAAAUGGUGCAAGUAUAACACGUGUUGAUAGUGAAGGCAACAAUGCGUUAAUUCGUGCAACCGAAUGUGGACAUUUACAAAUUGUGGUAUUACUAAUAAAAUAUGGAAUACAAAUAAAUCAUACAAAUAAAAAGGGAGAUAAUGCUUUCCUGAUAGCCUGCAAAAAAUUACAUGUCGACAUUUUAGAAUUUCUGCUUAAAUACGAGAUAGAUGUAAACUACAUUGGAGAAAAUUGUUGGAGUCCAUUAUUAUUUGCAAUUGUUUAUGGCCAUGACAAAAUCCUAGAACUCUUAUUAAAACAUGGAGCUGACAUUAAUAUCAUAAACAAGAGAGGCGGUUAUGCUGUUAUGAUUGCUUGUGAAAAAGGUCAUGAUAAAAUCAUUGAAUUACUUAUUAAAUACAGCGCUUCUUUAACUUUUGUUGACAUUGAAGGUGACAAUGCUUUAAUGAACGCAUGUAAGGAAUUGAACAGUAGUACAUUAAUUGCUUCUUGGAAAACAAAACCAGAAUUAAAUGUGAAUAGUCUAAAUCAAGACUUGUUCAAAAAAAUAAAAAGGUAG